AUGGGCUCGAAUUGCUAUGUGGUCCACAAAGGUGCCAUGAGUUUCCAUGAUGCUGAAAAAGCGUGCUACGAUUUUGGCGGUUAUCAUCUGGCCACCGUUCCAAACAUGAUUGAUAACCGAUAUUUAUACAAUCUCUCCAGUCACUCGAACAUUUGGACUAACUACUACUGGUUGGGACUUACCGAUAUGACCGCUGAUGGAUCUUGGGAAUGGUUGAUGGCACUGAUUUGCCAAGGAUACUGUGGAGCAAUGAGAGCAUCAGACGGGCGGUGGAUAGCACAGGAUUGCGCGAAACCAUACCCAUUCUAUUGUUAUGGACGGGCUCAGGGAGCACCUACAGAUCUACCAAGUCCACCAAGGACCACAAUCCGGCCAACUAGAAAAGAGGAGAAUAUGAUCAAAUUUAUGGCUGAUGCUGAGUCAGUAGGCAACCCAAAUAUUGAUCCAAAUGCACUCGCUUUCUACAACAAGGAGCGAGAAUUCAUCCGUGCCGUUACAGACGGCCUGUUUGCAAAUCCAUCGAGUAAUGGGAAUGUUUGCACAUUCUAUAUGAGUGUGUCAUUCUAUGGAUACACCAAAUACGACCAGCAAUUUGACCAUAGCGCUGCCUGGAGCCAGCAUCAAUUCGAUAACCUGUUGGAGUCGAAUGUUUGGGAUCAAGGGCAUACUGAUCCAGCGUAUAAUAUUACUGACGCUAUCACAGGGGCACAGCGUUUCCAAUGGUCUCCAUCAAUGGAUGAUAUUGGUUACACUACGCUGGUCUUCUUGACAGCUAGAAGGGAUUUCACAAAUAUUCCAUCACUUUUUAAUCCGUUCCCAAAGUUUGACGAGCUUGUUGUGGUUUCGCUGAAUGGCUCAAACAUGCCUGGUAUCCCAUCUGGAACAUCCACAGUUCAAGUCUCCAACGAUUUCAGUGACGUUGAUAUUCAGAAGCUAAUUAGCGUUCUUAAUUGCCAUUGA